AUGGAAAUUCUCACUGCUACUAUCUUCUUCUCUCUCACAGUCACAGCUACUAUUAUUAUCUUCAUGGCCAGAUACCUUUGGAGUCAAAACUCCAAGUUACCACCAAGCCCUAGCUGGUGUCUUCCCAUCAUCGGCCAUCUUCACCUGAGGAAGAAGCAUCAUUUACCACAAGCUCUACAACACCUCUCUUCAAUCCACGGCCCUGUUCUCUUCCUCAAAUUCGGAUGCCGUCCCGUUCUUGUCCUCUCUUCCCCAGAAUCCAUCGAAGAGUGCUUCACAAACCACGACCAAACCCUAGCGAACCGCCCCAGGACCAUCACAUCUGAUCACUUCGGCUACGGCUACAAGAACUUUGGACUCGCUCCUUAUGGAGAUAUCUGGAGAACCCUCCGUCGUAUCUCCACCCUCGAGGUCUUCUCCUCCACAGCUCUCCAGAAGAGCUCUUUUAUCCGUAACGAAGAAGUCUUGAAUCUCUGUUCCAGACUCUUCAGAUCAUCCAUGGACUCUGCUCAGAAAGUGGAUCUUAAUUAUCAUUUCAUUCUUCUCACUGCGCAAGCCAUGCUGAGGUUAGUCUCUGGGACUCGGGGCGGCGUUGAAGAGAGCGAUGAGAAGAAUUUCUUGGAUGAUUUCAAGUUGAGGUUCUUCGCGAGCAUAGCGAUGAACGUCUGCGAUUUUCUGCCAGUGUUGAGGUGGAUUGGGUACAAAGGUAUUGAGAAGAGAGUGAUGGAGAUACAGAGGAUGAGAGAUGAGUAUCUCCAACGUAUCAUUGACGAUGUUCGAGUUCGAAUGAUGGAAAAUAAUUCCACCGAUUGUGUACUGGAGAAAUUCUUACGACUUCAAGAAACAGAACCAGAGUUCUACUCAGAUGACGUCAUCAAAGGACUCGUAGUCCUUUUGUUCAACGGGGGAACUGAUACUUCACCGGCGGUGAUGGAAUGGGCAAUGUCGGUUUUACUCAACCAUCCUGAUAAGCUUGAGAAGCUCAGAGAAGAAAUCAGAUGUAAUGUUAAGCAUGAAGGGAGGAUUAUACAAGACUCUGAUCUCUCCAGCUUACCUUAUCUUCGGUGUGUCAUCUAUGAGACGCUCAGGCUAUACCCUUUAGCUCCACUCUUGCUUCCUCACUGCUCAUCAAAGAAAUUCAAAUUAGGCAACUACGAGAUUCCGGAAAACACUAUGUUGUUCGUUAAUGUUUGGGCUGUUCAUAGGGACGGUGAGCUUUGGGAAGACGCUGAUGUCUUCAAGCCUGAGAGAUUUGAAGGGUUUGUUGGCGAGAGAGAUGGUUUUAGGUUCUUGCCGUUUGGAUUAGGGAGGAGAGCAUGUCCUGGAACUGCACUUGGAAUGAGGACAGUGGCGCUUGCUGUUGGAGCUUUGGUUCAGUGUUUUGAGUGGAAGAAGGUUGAUGAAGGAGAUAUUGAUAUGACCCCUGUCUUUGGUGUGUCAAUGACUAAGGCUGAGCCGCUUCUUGCAUUGCCUAAGCCUUGGCCUCAUAUGGUUCCUAUCUUGUCUCAGCUCUAG